AUGAGGAGGCCCUUGAUACAAUGUAUUCAUUGGCUUGUGCUGCUAAUCUUGCUUUCCCCGUGCUGUUUGGGCGUGAAUUUGGGAUACCAGGCUACCUCGUACAAAACUGGAGACAAGGUAGAGUUGUUGGUGAACAAAGUUGAGUCGGAUAACACGCAAUUGCCCUUUGGCUACUAUGAUUUGCCCUUUGUUUGUCCUCCAGGCAGCGAACCCAAACCCUUGGCCCUCUCCUUGGGCCAGAUCUUGAAGGGCGAUAGGAUCUGGCAGUCUAACUACGAAUUGAAGUUCGGCAUGGACGCGCCCUGCCUCAGGCUCUGUGAUCUUAUGACGAAGGACAAUGGUUUGAAGAAGGCCGAUAAGUUGAUCAGAGAAGGCUACGUGGUACAUUGGUCGGUCGAUGGGCUCCCCGGUGCCACGACGUUUGUGAGCGGAAACAACGAUAACAAGUACUAUGCUGCUGGGUUCCCCUUGGGGUUUGUCGGCAAAGACGACAUCUCUUACAUCUACAACCAUGUUAUGCUAGUUAUCAGGUAUCACAAGGAUAAGAAGGUGAAAGGAGGCUACAACAUCGUUGGUUUUGAGGUUUACCCAAAGAGUGUUCACAACGAACUAUGCCCCGGAACCUCUAAGAACUUCAAGAACUUUGCAUUGACCUUUGAGAAGAAGGUGCCGAAAUCCGCAAAGGAGCAGCUGGAAGCUCAGCCAAAGGGCCCACGUAAGACAAGAAUCCCAUACACGUAUGCGAUCUACUGGAGAGAAGAUAACACCAUUGACUAUGAUUCCAGAUGGGACUUGUACUACAAGGGAGAAAGUGGAAAGAGUCAUCACAUCCACUGGAUCUCCUUUAUCAACUCCAUAGUAUUGCUCGUUCUACUCUCGUUGGCUGUAGCUAUGGUUUUAGCAAAGGUGUUGAAGUCCGACUUACAAAAAUUGUCGAAGACCCCACAUAUCCCACUCAGUGACGAUCUGCAAACCACAACUCCUACUUCGCCAACGUCACCAAGCACUUCUAACUGGAAGUCCUUGAUAUCUGAAGUUUAUAAUAGACCUGUUUUCUCGUUGAUUCUUUCAAUUUUCGUUUCAUCUGGUGUGCAGACGCUUAUAGUUGUUGUUGGGGUAAUUACGAUGUUCACCAUAAACUCGCAAUUCUCUCUUGACAAUUCUCCAGCCAAUAUGUUCUUCAACAAUCACCAGGGGGCUUUCUUCUCCCUUACCAUAACGUUUUUCGUGAUGUCAUCGCUUAUCCCUUCAUUUGUGGGUGUGAUCUUACACAAAAUGUUCAACAACGAGAAUAUAAAUGAACAAUUUGAUACCCCCAAGUACGUUAGACUUUCUAUCUUGUUCAGUGGAUUUUUACCAAUAUUAAUUGCAACGAUAAUUUUCACUUUGAACUUCUUCGUGUGGGCUAAAUCCUCAUCCUAUGCCAUCCCAUUUGGUACAUUUAUUGUAUUGAUACUCAUAUUUUUCGUAUUCCAAUUACCGUUAGGUAUCAUUGGUGGAUACUAUGGAAAUAGGACUAAAUUCGAUAAGAAAUCGUUUAUACUGACUUUCUUUAACGAUAAGAAGUCUAGUAAAGAUGACGAUAAACCAAAUUGGAAGUCUAAGAAAGCUGGAAAGAUGCCAUUAUUUCUUCAACCUGUGCUCAGUACGGUGGUGUUCGGACUAAUUCCCUUCGGAAUCGUAUAUGUUGAAUUGCUUUUCAUCUUAAAUUCAAUGUGGCUUGAAAAGACAACGUUUUACUUCAUGUACGGAUUCCUUUUAGUCACCAUAUUGAUAAUAGUGGUGGUUAUAGCUGAAUCAACCAUUUUGGCAUGUUACAUGUCUUUGGCAAUUUAUCAAAAUCCUAAUUGGUAUUGGCUCUGUUUUAGAGUUGGAGCUUCAAUUGGUUGGUAUAUUUUCGCCUACUCGUUCUAUUAUUUCUUCUGUAUGCUUAACGUUAGGGAUUUUGUGAGUAUAUUACUUUACUUUGCUUACAUGUCGUUAGUCAGUGGAUUAAUAGCGUUGGCGUGUGGAUCUGUUGGUUUGAUUACUGGUUUUGUAUUUAUUAGUAAAAUUUAUGGAACGGUGAAGCUUGAUUAG